CAGGGAUGAGACCGAUGGGAUUUUUGUGGAAGGAGUGAAGGACGCCGCGAGUGCGCCUGAGCUAUGGCGUCGCUGUGCUACAAUAAGGGCUGCGGGCAGAGGUUUGAUCCUGAGCACAACGUUGAGGAUUCCUGCCUGUAUCACCCAGGCGUCCCCAUCUUCCACGAUGCCCUGAAGGGCUGGUCUUGUUGCAAGAAACGCACAACAGACUUCUCCGAGUUCCUCUCCAUAAAGGGAUGCACAAAGGGGUUUCACAGCAAGGAGAAGCCCCCUGAGCCUUUCAGCCAAGAGGAGACCUCAAACAAGCCGAAGGCCAAACCAGUGGAGGAGCUCAUCAUCCAAGGACCAAAAUCAGCUGAGAAGAUGAAGCGGGAAAGACCAAGCUCUGAUGAGCCAAGACAACUGCUGCCAAUUAAAGUGUCCAGGUCUCUGGAGCAGGCACUGGAGCAACUGAACCUGUCCUCCAAGGACGAGGCACCUGGGGGCAGUUGCACAG